AUGACCGCCGCCUCCUUGGACAAGGAUUUAGCCAUGUCAUCGGCGGUGCAGAAAGCCCUGGUUUGGUAUCGGAGCCGUAUUCAAAGUAUUCGAUGGACUGAAUAUCUCGGCAAGUUGGUUGCGACGGACAAGGAUGGAGCCUCGUCAUCGACGGUGCAGAAUUCCCGGUUUUCGAGUCGAACCCGUAUUGCAUCGAUUUUAGGUCGACCCGACGGCGGAGCUGGACUUGCCGGUCAGAAGGUCCGAAUCAGCGGGUGGGUUAAAACGGGAAGGGGGCAAGGAAAAGGGACUUUCGCAUUUCUUGAGGUGAACGAUGGAUCAUGCGCGGCGAAUCUUCAGGUCAUGGUCGAUGCUUCUGUGUCAGAUCUCUCCAAGUUGGUUGCGACGGGAACUUGUCUGACCGCUGAUGGAUGUUUGAAGAUUCCUCCGAAAGGUAAAGGUACGAAGCAGAAGAUUGAGCUUAGAGCCGACAAGGUGACUGAUGUGGGAACGGUGGAUCCGGCUACGUACCCGCUUCCUAAGACGAACCUGUCUCAAGAGUAUUUGAGAGACAUUACUCAUUUUCGUAUAAGGACCAAAUCGUGCGCAGCAACUGUAAGAACCGGAAGUAUUGCUGCUAAAUUGGUCGACGGUUUCUUUGAUGAAGAAUUAUUUACCUUCGUUCACACUCCCAUCAUCACAACGUGUGAUUGCGAAGGUGGUGGUGAAACGUUCCAAGUGACAACCUUGAUCAAACAAUCUGAAAAGCUGGAGAGAGAUGUCGUUAUGAACAUUGAAGCUGCCAAGCUCAUUGUCGAGGAGAAAGGGGAAGCUGUAGCGCAACUCAAAGCUGCCAAAGCAAGCCUGCAGGAGAUCGCUGCUCUCGUUGCUGAACUCGAUGAAGCAGAAGAGGCUUUAGCCGAGGUUGAAGAGAUCAAGUCAAGGCUUAAGCCUGGAUUACCUUAUAAGGAUGGAAAAAUCGAUUAUUCCAAAGAUUUCUUUUGCCGUCCAACUUUCCUGACAGUUUCUGGUCAGUUUCAACUGGAAUCCUGUUCUCGCGGUAUCGGCGAUGUGUAUACAUUCGGCCCGACUUUCCGGGCAGAGAAGUCUCACACCUCAAGGCAUCUUUCUGAGUUUAGGAUGGUUGAGGCUGAAAUAGCUUUUGCUGGUCUAGAGGAGCUUAUGAACUGCGCAGAGGCAUUUGUGAAAUACAUUUGCAAUGGGUUGCUUGAAAAGGGUUACGAUGACUUGAAAGUUCUGGCUGAAAAAUUCGACAAAGACUGCAUUGACAGGCUCAAAGUGGCUGCCACGACUCCGUUUGGUCGAGUAACGUACACGGAAGCAAUAAAGCUACUUGAGGAAGCUGUGGCUCAAGGGAAGACAUUUGAGAAGCAAGUGGAGUGGGGAAUCGACUUGGCAUCUGAGCAUGAAAGAUACUUGACAGAGGUUUUGUUUCAGAAGCCUCUUAUUGUGUAUAACUACCCGAAAGAAAUCAAACCUUUCUACAUGAGACUUAACGAUGAUGGGAAAACAGUUGGUGCCAUGGAUGUCCUGGUUCCAAAGGUUGGAGAACUCAUUGGUGGAAGCGAAAGGGAAGAACGAUUUGACGUCCUCAUGGAAAGGGUUGAGGAGAUGGGUCUAUCAGCUGAGCAACACGAGUGGUACACUGAGUUGAGACGUCAAGGAACAGCGAAUCAUUCUGGAUUCGGAAUGGGUUUCGAGCGUAUGCUUCUCUUCGCUACAGGAAUUGACAACAUUAGAGACGUUAGUCUCUUCCCUCGCUACCCUGGAAGAGCUGAUCUUUGA